AUGGGUGUUUUACAACUAUGGAUUUUCAGUAUAUUCUUUCAAGCCUAUUUUUCAAGAUCCCAGAAUCUCUCAUGCAAUCCGACAGAUUUCAAUUCAUUGCGGGGUUUCUUGAAUGAAUUGAGUACAGGAGUUGCUGGCUGGGACGCUGUCAAUUGUUGUAACUGGACUGGAGUUACUUGCGAUUCGAGUUCCGGUCGGGUGAUUAAGUUGGAAUUAACGAAACAGAAUCUAAUGGGUAGCUUAUCUGAUUCUCUUGGAAAUCUGGAUCAACUUAGAACACUUAAUCUCUCACGUAACUUCAUCCAUGGUCAGAUUCCCUCUUCUUUAUUCAUCAUGUCGAAUUUAGUUGUAAUGGAUUUGAGUGACAAUGAUUUCUCCGGUUCGAUUCCGACCAUUAUUUCACUUCCGGCGCUUGAAAUUAUCGAUGUUUCUGACAAUAAAAUCAUCGGUUCGAUUCCUGUUGGGUUUUGUACUAGGGGAACCAAGAUUCAAAGUAUCAAUCUUUCUCUUAAUUAUCUCAUCGGUGGGAUACCCGCCGGAAUCGGGAACUGCACUGAAUUGAUGUAUCUUUCUCUUGGUUAUAAUUUACUCGAUGGGGGUCUUCCAGAUGAGCUUUUCCGGUUAACUAAUUUGACAUGGUUAACCUUCCCGGAGAAUCGAAUCUCCGGGAAGCUUGGUAAUGAGAUUGGUAAUCUAUCUAAUCUUGUUAGAUUAGAUUUAUCUUCAAAUCUGUUUUCAGGUGUUAUUCCAGAUGCUUUCUAUGGUAUGAAGAAACUACACUAUUUUUCAGCUCAAUCUAAUCAACUCACCGGUUUGAUACCCUUUUCAUUGUCGAAUUCACCUAGCCUUGGUUCCCUUGUAUUGAGGAAUAAUUCUUUAUAUGGUCAUAUUGAUUUGAAUUGUUCAGCUAUGGUGAAUCUAACUUCACUCGAUUUAGCCACCAAUCAAUUCGAUGGAUCUAUACCCAGUAAUCUCCCAAGUUGUCCCAAGUUGAUGGCUUUGAACCUUGCCCGGAAUAGAUUCAUUGGAAAAAUCCCAGAAAGCUAUAGGAACUUUCCAAGUCUCUCGUUUUUAUCUCUAUCAAACUGUACUGGUCUGUAUAAUAUCUCAUCCGCUCUUGAUAUCUUACAGAAUUGUCCAAACUUGACCACUCUGGUUUUAACCUUAAAUUUUCGAAACGAAGAGUUGCCGGGGAAUUCACUUGCGCAUUUUGGGAAGCUGAGGGCACUUGUGAUCGCGAACUGUGGAUUGACGGGUGUGCUUCCUGCAUGGUUGAGUGGUUUAUCGAAUCUUCAGUUGUUGGAUUUAUCGUGGAAUCGUCUGACUGGUUCAAUUCCUCCAUGGUUUGGUGAUUUCCAGCAUAUGUUCUAUCUGGACUUAUCGAAUAACUCUUUCACUGGAAAUAUACCGAGAAGUUUAACCAAUUUGCAGAGUCUGAUCUUCAGAAAUAUCUCAUUGGAAGAGCCUUCUCCUGAUUUCCCUUUUUUCGUGAGGAAGAACACAAGCGUGAGAGGUUUACAGUAUAAUCAGAUCAUGAGUUUUCCGCCAACUCUAGAACUCAGCAACAAUUUCCUCACCGGGGAAAUUUGGGAAGAGUUUGGGAAUUUGAUAAAGGUACAUGUAUUCAAUCUUAAAUGCAAUAAUCUAUCUGGUAACAUCCCCAGUUCAUUGUCUGGUAUGAGAAGCGUUGAAACACUAGAUUUAUCCCAUAAUAAUCUCUCUGGAAGUAUACCAAUUUCAUUGGUGAAACUCACUUUUCUGUCAAAGUUCAGUGUUGCUUAUAAUCAACUAUCUGGAAUCAUACCUGAAACAGGUCAGUUUCCAACGUUUCCAAACUCGAGUUUCGAAGGGAAUCAACAUCUAUGCUGGCAACGAUCCAUGCCAUGCGACGGAAGCAGCAGCGGCAGGGGAAGCAUUGUUCCUCGAAAUUCAAGUAGAAGUAAAGGUGAAAUAAUUGGGAUGGCGGUUGGAGUUGGAUUAAGUAUAGGUAUUGUUAUUACUCUAAGCGUGUUGAUUAUUCUACGAGCGAUUAAACGCAAAGAGGUUGAUCAUGAACAAGACGAAUCCACAUACGAAAAUGAGGACAAUUCAGAUGAAUUGGAGUCGAAAUUGGUUAUGUUUCUUUUCCAUAACAAGGAGAUUGACAAUGAAUUUUCUCUAGGCGAUCUUCUGAAAUCCACAGGUGAUUUCGAUCAAGCAAACAUAAUCGGUUGUGGUGGAUUCGGUAUGGUUUACAAAGCAAUGCUUCCCGACGGUAGAAAAGUAGCAGUUAAACGUCUCUCAGGCGAUUGCGGUGAAAUGGAACGAGAAUUUCAUGCAGAAAUCGAAGCCUUAUCUAAAGCUCAACAUCCAAAUCUAGUCCUCCUUCAAGGCUACUGUAAUUACAGAACUGACAAGCUUCUAAUAUACUCGUUCAUGGAAAACGGCAGUUUGGAUUACUGGCUACACGAGAAAUACGAUGGACGAUCAGUUCUCAAUUGGCAUAGGAGGUUGAACAUUGCAAAAGGCGCGGUGAAUGGACUGGCUUAUCUGCAUCAAUCGUGUGAACCGCAUAUACUUCAUAGAGAUAUAAAAACGAGUAACAUUCUAUUAGACGGAGAAUUCAGAGCUCAUUUGGCUGAUUUCGGAUUGGCGAGGUUUAUGCAGCCUUAUAAUACACAUGUCACGACUGAUUUAGUUGGGACAUUGGGAUAUAUUCCGCCUGAGUAUGGACAAGCCUCGGUGGCGUCGUAUAAAGGGGAUGUUUAUAGUUUCGGUGUUGUUCUUCUUGAACUUUUGACGGGGAAAAGACCGAUAGAUAUGUGUAAGGCGAAAGGAAAUAGGGAUAUGAUAUCUUGGGUGAUGCAGAUGAAGAGUGAAAGGAAGGAAAAGGAAGUGAUGGAUUUGGAGGUUUAUUGUGAGGAAUAUGGUGGUGAAAUGAUUAGUGUUCUUGAUAUUGCUUGUUGUUGUUUGAAUGAAUGUCCUAAACUUAGACCUUCUACUUUGCAGUUAGUUUCUUGGUUAGAACAGAUUUAAAGUUCUUAUCAUUUUUU